CUCUCCUAUGUUGUCUCGAACGCCUGGCCAUUAUGGCACCGGUCAUUCGCAGCGAGGGGGACUCCCUGCAGCAGCGAGGUCAGUUGCUCUUCAAGCAGGGUAACUAUCAAGGUGCUCUGGAUGCGUUCACCGAGGCUCUCUCUUGUAAGAAGGCCGAUGUGAUGAGCAUACUUGAUAAUCGAGCAGCUACAUACAUCAAGCUGGCCCAGUAUGAUCGAGCUCUGACCGAUUCUCGAAACAUGGUUCGGAAGGACACCAAGGACGGACGGGGUAUCUUACGCUAUGGGCAAGUCUUACUCUUGACUGGCGAUCGCGCCAAGGCCUUGAAAGCAUACGGUUACGGGCUGAAGUCACUGGGCAGUGAUAACCCGCGUCGCAAGCUUGUUCUCCAAAUGUACUGCAAAGUGCGUGAUGCGGCUUCAGUUAAACGCCUUGACCCUUUCAGUGUCUUGCCGCUUGAGGUAGCCAUGAUGGUCCUUCGACACCUGACUUUUCGGGAAAUUGUGACUUUUACUCGCGUGUCCAAGGGAUGGCAGCAGUUUCUGUCAAUGCGAGAUCUGUGGAUGCGUCUUGAUCUUAGCGAAGCCCGUCGCAAAGUGUCAUCGCGCUCCAUCCGAACAUACAUUCAGCGUUCGCGUGCCAUGCUUACCCAUGCAAUGGUGACCAACAUAGCGAAUACUUCUCAUGAAAAAGUGCUUGAAUAUUUCAGUAGAUGCCCAAAGCUGGAGAGUCUGGAAAUUGGCGAUCCUAUCCAGCGCCAUGACGGGCUAUACGACCAGUUUAAGAGCUGCAAACAAAUGAAGAGUCUCGUCAUCGCUAAAGGUACACCGGUAUCACAAGAGAACAUCGCCAAGUUCUUGACGAGCCUCACCAAUCUCGAGCACCUAGAGAUUCAUAAUGCGCAGCCUUCACCUGAGACCAAAGUCCGCUGGCCCUCACAUCUCCCAAACCUACGGAGCAUUACCCUCUCUACUGAAGAAGCAGCUGUGCCACCACCAGGUCGCGUAGCCGCUCUCUAUCUCCCGGCUGCAACGGCGUCGCAAUCCUGCAUAAUGCCUAACCUCGAAGAACUCCGAAUCGACUCGUACCCCAGAAUCUGGUCACCAUACACGCUAUCAUUCGACCCCAACCAAUUCCCAAAACUACGAAAAUUAGAACUCAAAGGCGUCUUCAUCGGAAACUUCGCAUUACCUCCUACCCUCGAGCACCUCAGCAUCCACGCGGGAACCUGCCCAGUUGGCCAAGAGUUUCCUUUCCCCUUCGAACAGUCUCCACACCUCCGCCACCUGCACACCCUCAUCCUCCGCGACCUCAACUGGGUCACUCACGACACACUCCACAACUUCUUCGUCACAGCCGAGGCGCCAAUCCGGAAGCUCGUCGUGGCCAGUUGCUCGAAGCUCGAUCAUUCGCAGCUCGAGCGCAUCCUCACUGAACACCCCAUGGACCUGACCGAGCUCGGGAUUUGUGCUCUGCGCGGCGUCACUGACAUGAGCGUAAGGGCGCUGGUCCGGCAUCUGCCACACCUGUACGCUUUGGACGUCUCGGCUACCGAUGUCACCGGGCGUCUAGUCAGGACAUUCGCUGAUGCGCCGUCGUCCUCCGACGAUUUGCCGCGACUGAAAUACCUCAAUGUUGCGCAUUGCGAACAUGUCUUGUAUGAAGCAGUUGCGUAUGGUCGCUCGCGCAAUAUCAAUGUCAUUACGCGCUGAGCCAGUUAUGAAGAUCAAAUGCCAGACAAGAACUUCUGGCUCAGUUCCUUGACCUCGACAAACGUCCGUCCUUCUACUGUAACGACUUGUCUUCUGCUAUUGGUCGUCAGCUUGGCUUGUGUGGCUCUCUUGGUCAACAGAUUCACCAAACAUUAUUUGAGUUGGACAAAAGACGUACUGCCUAGAGCUUCUUUCACAAUAACUCGAUCAGCACCCGCACAAUAGCCAGGAGCACAAUACACCACUAUCACUGCCUCACCAAAUCACCGGGAACGUGGAUAGCUCAGAAAGAUUUGGAAAACAAUCCUGAAUCUCCAGCGGCCACGAUCCCAAUUCCAAGCAAAUGCUACCAUCUUUGUGAUUGUGUCUAAUGAAGACUAUUCUAAGUCAACCUCAAUUGUUGUUUGAGUUCGCCUCCCAGAAAGGAAACUAAU